CAGCUAAACCCUUCACAGUCGACUUUCAGCCAUUACACUUUCAACAAGCCGGACUCUCCACAUUGCCAUAUGUUUAGUCUGAAGACGAUAAAUACAAUGAUGUACAAAGUAAUCGGUGCUUACUUAACAUUCUCUUUUUUGCUUCAAGGUCUGGCAGCUGGACAUAUGCCACUGCGGCUAGUCAAUGGAACUGCCUGGUCUGGACGACUAGAAGUUUUUCACAACGGAAAAUGGAAAACAAUUUGCAAGACCAUGCAUUGAUGAGACUGAUUUACAGGUCGUCUGCAGGAGUCUUGGUUUUAGCAGUUUCGGAGCUGUAAUCGUAAGGUCGGACCUGUACGGACACGGAUCAGGAUUUAUUUUUCGGAAACACAUCCAGUGCUCUGGAACUGAGACCAACUUGUCACAGUGUAACUUCGGGAGCAUCUACUACUGUGAGCACUGGAUGGAUGUCGGUGUCAUCUGCAACUCUCCUGGAGAGCUGACCCCACGAUUAUUAAAUGGAGCUCGCUGGUCUGGACGUUUGGAGAAUUUUUGAAAACGGAAUAUGGAACACAGUGUGUGACGAAGAAUUUGGAAACAACGAAGCGCAGGGGGUUUGCAGGAUGCUCGGUUUGAACAGUCCUGGAGCUGUAAGUGUGACUUCAGACAUGUAUGGUGUGGGUUCCGGACAGACUUUGUCUGUAAAGAUGAUAUGCACAGGAACAGAAAGUAAACUAUCAGAGUGCAAGCGCGACAAACUGAACGACUGCAAUCACUCCACAGAUAUCGGAGUCAUUUGUAAUAUUCCUGGACAGAUUACUCCUCGUCUAGUGGAAGGUAAUGCGUCUUCCGGUCGCCUUGAGAUUCUGUAUAAUGGAACUUGGAAUUUAGUGUGUGAUGAAGGUUUCGGACUACAAGAGGCAGAGGUGGCCUGCAGGAUGCUUGGCUUUGACAGCAAUGGAGAAGCCAGGGUAAUGUCACUUCCCUACGGCAACAGUUCUACAAGAACUAUUUCUGGAAACGUGACCUGCAGGGGUACAGAGGGGAGUCUGGCUGAAUGCGAACAUCCAGGCUUCAAUACCAUUGACUGUGUAAAGUCGCAGGUCGUAGGCAUCUCUUGCAGUGUCCCUACAGACCACACACUACGUCUAGCAAAUGGACAUUUGUGGUCAGGCCGUCUAGAAAUAUUCUACAAUCAAAGAUGGAGAACACUGUGUGAAAGCGGGUUUGGACAGAGAGAAGCCCAGGUUGUUUGCGGGAUGCUUAAUUACAGCAGUCCAGGAGCCAUAUAUGACUAUCCUGGGAGAUAUGGCAGCGGUUCUGAACCAGUCUGGCUAGCUAAUGUCAAGUGUGCAGGCACAGAGACCAGUCUUUUACGAUGUUCACAUGAUGGUCUAUACGAGCAAGACUGCGGACCGCUCAGCGACAUCGCUGUCAUCUGCAAUAUCCCUGGACAAAUUGUCCCGCGUCUAGCAGAGGGAACAGCGUGGUCGGGUCGUCUUGACCUUUUGUACAACGGAUCAUGGAGCUCAGUGUGCGACGAUGGAUUUGGACACAAGGAGGCGCGUGUGGCCUGCAGGAUGCUGGGCUUCGACAGGCCUGAAGUCUUCGCAGUUAAUUCCUUUCUAUUCAGAGAUUAUGAUAGAACUGCGUUAUUUAGUGACUUAAAUUGCCAGGGCACAGAAACUAAUCUGGCAGAGUGUAACUAUAGCAGCUUCUACAACUACAAAUGUACCCAUGGCAGAGACAUUGCUCUCAUAUGUAAAGCAGAAAAGGGUGACAUUCGUAUCACUGGUAAUUAUGGGACCACUUACGGCGUGGGUCGAGUUGAGAUGCGAAUGGAAAGUGAGUGGUACUCACUGUGUGCAACGAGCUUCAGCAAUGACGACGCUGGAGUUGUAUGCCGGCAACUCGGCUUCAAUGGCACAGCGACGACUGCUGACGUGUCCUUAUUCGGUGAUAAACAAGGAGAGGUCGUGGUGGUUGAUUUUAACUGCUCGGGGAGAGAACCCAGCAUGUUCAUCUGUCUGCAGAAGGUUGAAUCCAUUCGCGAAGUGUGCCAUACAGAAGAAUUCGGGGUUAUUUGCGGAGAAUAUCCACCAUCAAUCAUAACAUUUUUCCUUAACUACCAAGUCGAUCCAACUGUGACUGUCACUGAGAACUCUGACGUUGACAUGCUGUGUGAGGCACACGGGAGACCCAAUCCCAGAAUGCUGUUCAUCAGUAACAAAGACAAUAAGGUUUUGAUAGAUAGUAAACAGAAUGGAGUACAGCUGUCGGAAGGAAAGGGACAAAUAACGACGAUCUUAAGAAACGUUCAAUGUGAAGAUUCUGCCGACUAUAGAUGUGAAGUUGAAAAUAGUGUGGGAAGAAGCAAUCAGUCCAUCCGACUUCUCGUCCCGUGUUCUCCCAGACUAAAAAGUUUUUACGCAAAACUGCCAUCUAUAGAAAUAACUAACCAUAGAGGAAACCUUAGUUUUGAAAUGACAGCAUAUCCAGCACCAGGUGUGAAAUUUAUUGUACAUCAUGGGUCAACCGUCAAUGAAAGUGUGAACAUUGUAUCAGUUAAAGAAAAUGUUCAUGUUGAGUGUGUCGAUGAACUAUUUGCACCUGCCUCUCAUACCUGCAAAGUAACCGUUCGCAACAUGAGUGCAGCUCAUCAAGGUGUUUACCAGAUUGUCUUCAGCAACAAUCGUGGUGAAAUAUCUUUUAAUUUUACCGUAAGACUUAAAGGUAAGUCCUUCCGAAACUCAAAAAAUGAGUGAAACUUAUUUUCAUUUAACAUUUCUAUACUGCACACUUACUCGGCAUCCAUACGUACAACAUCACAGACUAUAUUUACUAGAUAUUGGCUGUUCAAGUCAGAGUACUAACGGUUGUCGGUUUGUACUUGUUUAACCGAUAUCUACACAGAGCGCUUCUUCAUAUUUAAUUCACCGAAAUGACGAAGUCUACAACCAGCUGAAGUGUGCAUACCAAGGUGAUAUAUAUGGUAACUCUGUUUUACUCUUCACUAAAGGUUGUCUUACUUUGAAAUGUUUCUGGUUUUUAGAAGUGCUGUGUAAGCUACAAUUAGUUCAUUCGGCAAUGGAAAAUUACUCUUUACAUCCUGUGAGUAUUGUAAUGCUUAAACUUUGGAAAGUAUAAAGAACAUUUUUAUUCUGUACACAUUUACUAGUUAAGUUUUAGCCUACGGUAUGUUUACAUGGCUUAAUUGAUUUCGAAUAUUUUUUAGUUUCCUUAGCUUUAAGUUGUUUAUAGAACGGGUGUGUGUUUGUGCGUGCGCGCGCGAGUGUGUGUAUAUACAUAAAUAAUUUUAUGUAAUAAAACGUAAAUUAUAUUUUUUUUCAGUUUUGAGGAGGCCAUCUGACUUGUCACAGGUACACUGACACGCCUUAUUAAUUUAGCACUUACCCUCAACCUGAAGGCAAAAAUAGUAUUUCUCAGCAAAAGGUCCUGACAGAGAUUCGUCGGGAUAAAAAAAUGUAUUGCCUUGCUUAAAAGAUAAUUUUAUAAUACAUUUUACGUUAAUCUUUCAAAGAGAAGUAUUUCAUGGAAACAAUAAUUAAAUAACGCAUACAAGCAGAUAACCAAUAUUAAGAAACUAUAAAGAUCAAUAUUUGUAACCAAGGGAGUUUAUACUGAGCACAUAUGUACAUGAGUAUGUGCUGAUUACGUCCCUUUUUACCUGCUGUAUUUCAUACUUGCAUUUGAAACUUUAUUUUCAAGUUACUGAAGGUUAUAAACGAUUUUGUUUUUGAAGAGUUUUUUUAAAGUGUUCUUGUCGUUGCGGUCAGGAGCAUAAGAGAUACUUUAAAACAAUACCGACAAUGGACUUUUUCCAUGCAUGACAUUGGACUUCAACGCAUUCACCAGUUAGUUGUUCGAGGAAAAGAAGACAGAAAAGAAACAAUAAAACUGUUAAAAGGUUAUACGUAACUACAAUAGAAAUAAAAUAGUUAAAAAAUCAUUUUAAGGCUAUAAGAUAUGAUUAAAUAGAAUUUUCGAAUAAAGAAAGCAAGCAGACCUAUUUGCAAAAAUAAAAGGAAAAAAUCCUAUUUGCAGUAACGUAUAAAAACGCUCAGGACAAAGAAUAUACUUACAGUCUCACAACAUGUGCAGAGAUGGACAUGCGCAAUAUUGUAGACAUGUAUUCUUGCACACGUGACCUCUUUCGCACGCGCGCACACACACUGUUAAGUCGCUGAUGAAGUGCUCAGCCAAUGAUCAGAUUUAAUGACAUGCUUCCGGGACGCCACAGCUAAAGUCUUCACAGUUGACUGUCAGCCAUUACUGGAAUUACAAGGCGGACUCCCCACACCGCCAUAUGUUAGGUCUGCAAACAGUAAAUACGAUGAUGCACAAAGUAAUCUCUGCCUACUUGAUAUUCGCACUUCUGCUUCCAUGUCUGGGUAAGUACAUUUUAUUAAAAAAGUCAAUGUGUUUCUGUUAUAUAUAUAUAUAUGUUCAUACUUCCCGGUUGGUUCUAUUGAGUUCGAUUCUCAUCUUGGGGAUGCUGUUAUCUCAUGUAACAUUCUUUUACAGCUCUGGCUGCCUUGCCCUUAGCUGCUGGCUUAUCGUUCACCCACCACCUUACGUUUAUAGUAAAAUAUGACGAUAUACAGCAAUGUUUAUGCAACUGUCGAGGUUGUAAACAUCACGGGUCAAUUAACCUCCCAAGAACAAACUGUACGUGUAUUUGUAAAAGUUCUUAGCAAAACCAAUACACGUCGACUUAGUCUCGCAGCCAAUUUAUUCAAGAAGUUAAUAAGAAGUCUUUCCCAUUGUCAUUGUCGUUACACUCAGAUUAUCAUAAACCAUUGCCAGGAUGACCACGUGUACAGUUCUGAGGGAAAGAGGUCCGAUUCUGAGUAUUGUAUGAUUGUAUGAGCUAGUUUUUUUAAUAGAUUUAAAACUUGUUCUUCUGAUGGAAACGAUUAUGUAAUAAUUAAUUCAAAUAAAAUCCGCUAUGUCUUCUUAUUUCAUUCAUUCUGUAGUAGAGCAAUUCUAUUUAACCACUUCCAGGAAGAACUUUAUCGCUUUUAAAAAGUUGACAGUAAACUAAUAAAAAAGGUAGAUAACGGAACCGUUGUCGAAAACGUAUUUUCUGAACCUUUCUCUGUUUCUUUUUUAACACAAAAUAAGCAAAAAGAAUCCAAACCUUGAAUUAGGAAUAUUUUUUUUUGUAUAAGCAAACACAUAAUUGUCACAGUCGUUCUAUGCACACGCAACUAAUUCUAUAAGAGCUGUAAACAUUGUAGUCACUCUCAGUUUUUUCAUAACUUAAAGUUUUUUUUUAUAUUAGUACCUAGGGUUUUGUUAGCUCCUACUGACUGACAAACUGUACACAAUGAUAAAAUAUAAAUAUACAGGCAUUCGUUUUUCUUGAAAUCUU